UAUCCAAAGUCCUUUGUUAGGAUCGAAUUUCGAAUCGGAGUUCGCUCGUAGAUUUUUAAGAUAUUUGUAUAUAUUAUAAAUGCCGAACUCUGCAGCGCUCCCGUAGCCCGUAGGUCUUUAUUGAAAGCUUCCGAGAAACUCAAGAGUUCCGAUCCGAAUGAAAAUGAAAAUGCGCGGAGGACACGGAGACGGAGGUUAGCGUGACGUGCAUUUAUGUGCACGGUGGAACUUGACAGAUUAACUACAUAUUAACAACGCUAAAUAUGCGCAUGAAAAUUAUGUGCUUCAGCGGGACGUUGACGAGAGCUAAGGCUCUAAUACGAAAUUGACGUCUACAAGCUAAAUGAAUUCGCAAACAAUGCAGUUACAGAUAUCGCUGGACACUUCAUUUGAUGACAGGACUGCUUCAUCCUGGUCGAGGAAGGAGAGGCAGAAAUGGUUCCUGUCGUUGCUAUGUGGCACAUGUCUGAUAUAUGCUACACGUACAUCUGUUCCUCUGUUGAUACCUGUUGUCAGUCAGGAGAAGAAUUGGUCCAAGUCGGACUCAGGCAUAAUAUUAUCGAGCUUCUUCUGGGGAUAUACAUUGACGCAAGUAGCCAGUGGCUACAUUAGCGAUAAAAUCGGUGGCCAGAGAGUAUUGUGGAUAUCUGCUCUUGGUUGGUCGGCAACAACCUUCCUCAUGCCGGAAAUUAUAGAAUUCUUUUCUGGAGAUGGGACAUCCAUUCUGCUUGUUGCAGCAGUGAGAAUGAUAAAUGGAGCAUUCCAAGGAAUGCAUUUUCCUAGCAUGAUUAGCUUAAUCAGUCAACGCUUGCACGAGGCAGAAAGGGCCUCCUUUUUUAGCUUAUUAACAUCAGGAUCUGCUCUGGGCACUCUACUCACUGGGUCUUUAGGCUCGUAUCUUCUGGAAAAUUAUAACUGGAUGACUGUCUUUCGAGCGUUAGGGAGCAUGAGUUUGGCAUGGACAGCUUUAUUAAGCUACCACACUCUGCCUUUUAAGGAAAAAACAGCUUCUAUCAAGUCCACCACCGACUACACUUUGCCUUGGUCCAAACUUCUGUCACAACCUCCUUUCUGGUCCUGCGUUAUUGGACAUGCUUGCCAAAAUAACUGUUUCUUUGUAUUACUUUCAUGGAUGCCUACAUAUUUCCAUGACACAUUUCCUGAAAUAAGGGGCUGGAUUGUAAAUAUGGUGCCAUGGCUAUCGAUGUUACCUUGUACAUUCUUGGGGAAAGCUCUGUCAGAAGAGAUAAUUAAAGCUGGUUAUUCUGUUACUGUGACACGCAAAACAAUCCAAACGAUUUGUUUUGUCAUCGAAAUUGGAAGUCUGUUAUUUUUGGCGAAAGUGGAAAGUUUUGAAAAUGCCAUACUUUGUCUCGCGUUAAUUAUUGGUGGCUCAGGCUUCCACAAUAACGCUAUCGCUGUUAAUCCCUCGGAUCUUGCACCAAAGCACUCCGGCAGUGUAUUCGGUCUAAUGAAUACUGUUGGCGCAAUACCUGGUUUUCUCGGUGUGUAUUUUUCCGGACACAUUCUACAUGUGACACACAGUUGGCCUGCUGUCUUUUUAUUUAUAGCUGUUAUUGAUGCAUUAGGAUGUAUAAUGUAUUUAUUGUUUGGCUCGGGCCAAGCAAUCAUAUAA